GCCCUCCCAGGCUCCCUCCCCUCCCUCCGUCAUCCGGGUCCUGGGCGAGCGGGAGCCUUGCGCGUGUCCUGCGGCCGAGCUACUAAUAAAGUUGCAAAGCGGAGAAGCGCCAGAGUCGGGAGAGCGCACCAGCCGGCCCGCGAAACUUGAACCAAUGAAAGAAGCAUAUGGCGCUUGUGAAGAUAAAUGUUAUUGCUCCUUCUGUAAUUGGAACUCCUGCUUAGGACCUGUAUGUGACUUUUCACCUUGAUCUGUUCUUCUAGUUACUACUGACUUUGAUUACAGGAAGGUCUCUGAAGAUUUGUAUCAAAUGACGUCAAUGGCCAGCUUGUUUUCUUUUACUAGUCCAGCAGUGAAACGAUUAUUGGGCUGGAAACAAGGUGAUGAGGAGGAAAAAUGGGCAGAAAAGGCAGUCGAUGCUUUGGUAAAAAAGCUAAAAAAGAAAAAGGGUGCCAUGGAGGAACUGGAGAAAGCCUUGAGCAGUCCAGGACAGCCGAGCAAAUGUGUCACUAUUCCCAGAUCUUUAGACGGACGUCUCCAGGUUUCUCACAGAAAAGGCUUACCACAUGUCAUAUAUUGUCGUGUUUGGCGCUGGCCUGAUUUGCAGAGUCAUCAUGAGCUAAAGCCAUUGGAUAUUUGUGAAUUUCCUUUUGGAUCUAAACAAAAAGAAGUUUGUAUCAACCCAUACCACUACAAGAGAGUGGAGAGUCCAGUCUUACCUCCAGUAUUAGUGCCUCGACAUAAUGAAUUCAACCCACAACACAGCCUUCUGGUUCAGUUUAGGAACCUGAGCCACAAUGAACCGCACAUGCCACAAAAUGCCACAUUUCCAGAUUCUUUCCACCAACCCAACAACACUCCCUUUCCCUUAUCUCCAAACAGCCCCUACCCCCCUUCCCCUGCUAGCAGUACGUACCCCAACUCCCCAGCAAGUUCUGGACCAGGAAGUCCUUUUCAACUCCCAGCUGAUACGCCUCCUCCUGCCUAUAUGCCACCUGAUGAUCAGAUGGGUCAAGAUAAUUCCCAGCCUAUGGAUACGAGCAAUAAUAUGAUUCCUCAGAUUAUGCCCAGUAUAUCCAGCAGAGACGUUCAGCCUGUUGCUUAUGAAGAGCCCAAACAUUGGUGUUCAAUUGUCUACUAUGAAUUAAACAAUCGUGUUGGGGAAGCUUUUCAUGCAUCAUCUACUAGUGUGUUAGUGGAUGGAUUCACAGACCCUUCAAAUAACAAAAGUAGAUUCUGCUUGGGAUUGUUGUCAAAUGUUAAUCGUAAUUCAACAAUUGAAAACACUAGACGACAUAUUGGAAAAGGUGUUCAUCUGUACUAUGUUGGCGGGGAGGUGUAUGCGGAGUGUCUCAGUGACAGCAGCAUAUUUGUACAGAGUAGGAACUGCAAUUUUCAUCAUGGCUUUCAUCCCACCACCGUCUGUAAGAUUCCCAGCAGCUGCAGCCUCAAAAUUUUUAACAAUCAGGAGUUUGCUCAGCUUCUAGCUCAGUCUGUCAACCAUGGGUUUGAGGCAGUAUAUGAGCUCACCAAAAUGUGUACCAUCCGAAUGAGUUUUGUCAAGGGCUGGGGAGCAGAGUAUCACCGGCAGGAUGUUACCAGCACCCCGUGUUGGAUUGAGAUUCAUCUUCAUGGGCCUCUGCAAUGGCUGGACAAAGUCCUUACUCAGAUGGGCUCGCCUCUGAACCCCAUAUCUUCUGUUUCAUAAUGCAGAAGUGUUCUUUUUAAUUAUAUUAGUGGACUUGUUUUAAUUUUAGAGAGACUUCCAGUACAGAUACUGUGAGCUGACAUGGAAAAACAGAUAUUACAGCUUAUUUUUUUCUACAUAAUUGUGACCAACACAUUUGUAUUUUGUGAUGAAUCUACAUUGGUUUGUAUUCAUGUUCAUGUGAUUAACUUUCAAAAGUCUUGUGAAAGAUGCAGAGUAUUAUGCCCCCAUAGAUUGAUCUUAAACUAGAACAUGCUUUUGUUUAUUAUCCCAAUACUUUUUAAAAAUUUGUUAAUUUCUAAAAAAAUAAUACAUCACAUGAUGAAAAAUUGUAGUGUUAAGACGGCAUAUAUAGUGAAAAAUAAGUUCCUUUCUUGAUCUUUCAGAAGCUGUACUUCUAACAAAUUCUUUGUCCCACUAACUUUAAAAAAGCAUAAUACAUUGUUUUUCAAAAGCAUAAGGUAGGGGCUUACACUAUUAAAAAAUCUUUUUUUGAAGGAACACUAUGCACUGCUAUAACAAGUAGUGUUCAGUAAAAGCAAAGUGAUAGUUUUCUAGCUGCCAUCAUAAAAUUUACAUUUAAUAUAGCUAAAUGUCUGUCAGUGUAAUGUGAUUUCAUGCUAUGUAUCUUUUGUAAAACACUUCCUUUUUAAAAAAAUUAUACAAGUAAUUGAUCUCUCUUAUAUGUCAUUUAUUCAGAAUCUGUUGUAAGUACAGUCCUACUUUAUCGCUAGUGACAGUGUAUGCACGGCCUUGUUCAGCUGUCUGCCGCUUUUGACCAGUGUUGCAAGAACUCUAAUUUUGACAUGCAUUAACCUUUUAUUUUGCACUUUUAUGAGUGACAGUUUUUAGUAUAACCUUUGCUAAAGCACACUCAAGUGACUUGGAUUUAGAUGCUUAUCUUUACUUCUUGUACCCCUUUUGUAUUAACAAACACUGCAAUUUAUAGAUUACAGUUGUAGAAAGCUAUGCAUUUUAAAAUUUUCAACCUAGGUUAUAACACAGUUAAUCUGUAGUCUAACUAAGGUGUCUUAAAUUCUCUACAGUUCUAUGGGUGUUAUUAAUGUUGGGCAAAUCAUGUACUUAAUGAUUUUACUUUUACUUGUAUCAGUCUCCCCAUGCAAUGACCUGUGCACUACUUCUACUUGAUCUUAGCCAAAAGGCCGAGAAGCGAUGUGUGCACUACUUCCAUAGCCAUAGGAGAUGUCAAGGAUGAGGCUACUGGUCUGAUAUGAAAUGAGUCAGCAGUAGAUGUUGGGAUAGCUGGUUUUAAAAUAUUCACAUUUCAAAAAAAAUGCAGACUUAUUUCACCAUCAGUGCUCUUUUUCAAGUACCCACGUUGAUGCUAGUCUCACAGAACAUAAUCCUCUAAGAGGAAAGACAAAAACCCUAAAUAUCCAUUUAAUCAGUCAUGCCUUUGGCAUUGAUCAUAGGACUCUUAACCACUUUUUCUAGGGUGCAGUCAGAUGGAUCUUAGUUGUGGCAUGAGAAUGAAGAAAUUAUUUUGAAAAGUUAAUGACCUAAUUUUCCUAUCAAAAUGAGCUUUAUUUUCUGAUGCCUUUUGAAAGCAUAUAGAGCCAUGUCAUUCUUCUGUUAAAAAUACUUUGGUUUGACUUUUGACUUUACCCUUCCUGCUUUUAUGAAAAAAAAAGCGCAUUUGUUAAGGAAAGGAUUUUUUGAUCUUUUUUUUUUUCUGUGUCAUUAUUUAUUGCUUUUUCAAAGUGCAGCCAUUGGAUGGUUUUUGUUCCUUCAGAUGAAAUGCCAUGUGUGUUUCAGCCCACAGUUGUUUGCUGGGUAAAAUGAAUUCUUUCAGUCACCUGAGCCUUAAACAUAUAUGUUACAUAGCAAGUAUUCUUACACUUCCAAAGCUGGAUCAGUCACAUGACAGAGAAUUACUUUCUUAUUGAUAGAACUUAAGAAUUUUUAUCAUUCUUUUAUUUAGCAGGCUCAUGGCAGUCUUUGGAACAAUCUUAUAUAAAAAAAACACGUUGAAUGACAUACAUGUAAUCACCUUUAGUGGAUUCUAGUAAACUAGUAGAAACUACUGUUUGAUGUUUUCAGCUUGUAAGCUAAAAAUUGCUACUUGCAGUCAUCAUGUAACAGCCUUUAGGAUUAGCAGGAUUUUAUUUGUCCUUUUCUGUAUUUUUUCUAAGGAGUUUUUUCUCAUGAUUAAUAGUACUGAAAAUAUUAACUAUUAAAGAGUUUUCCUGAGAACCAGGUGUGGUGAUACAUGCGUGUAAUCCAAGCACUCCUGGAGGCUAAAGCAGGAGGAUCAUAAGUGCUAGCCUAGCCUGGGCAACUUAGUGACUUAAAGUCCCCAAGGCUGCACAUGUAUCUAUGAAUAGGAAAUGAAAAUUGCUAGUAAUAUUAAAAACAAAAAAGUAAAAUUUUGGCCAAAAAGGAUCUCUUAAAAAGAAGCCAUUUCAGAAUAUAGGGUUAAGGUUUUUUUUGUUUGUUUUUUUGAGACAUGGUCUCACUGUGUAAUUCAGGUUGGCCUUGAACCCACUGUGUGGCCCAGGCUGGCCUCAAACCCAGGCUGGUGAUCUUCCUGCCUCAGCCUUCCAAGGGCUGGGAUUACUGGUGUGCACCACCACACCCAGCAAGAUUUUUAAAAAAAUCUAAAUAGUAGUUUUUAGUCAAAUUUAUGCAAACAUCAGCACCAUUAGAAUAAUCACACUCUGUAGCAUUUAAAAAAUAUAUAUAUAUCAGCUAAAAAGAAUAAUAAAGUUAUAUGCAGUUUGGUGUAUGCAUAAAGUAGAAUAGAAUAAAAAAUCUCAGUGGUGAAAGCAACAAGUAGAUGUUGACUGGAAAAAGGAUAAAAGAGGUGUAUUUGACUGGCAUUUCUUAGUAUAUUAUGAUCUGGUUGGUAUUUCCUGGCUAAAUGAUGAAAUGUAAAUUUGUAGGCGUGUUAUUGGUAUACUGAAAUUCAUACUUAGAGAAAAUGUAAGGAAGACAUCAAGAAUAUCAAAUAUGCAUCAAAGUAUAAGUAAUUUUUACAUCAUGGUUGCUAUUUAAGAAAACUGGUAAUAGAACUGGCUGGAUUGCUGAGGUGAAAUUCAGUAAAUACAGUUACUAGAUAGUUCAGUAAGCCACAUCUAAAGUACAGAUAGAGGAUGUGCUAUUUUGUAUUUUUCAUAUUUGAGAGUAAGACAUCCUUUUGAGAUAUAAAAUGAUCGGUAAAUCUUCAAACUUGAAAUCUAUUGUCAAAAUAAGAUUGGGGGCUCACCUUCUAAAACUGCAUCUCAAGGGCUCCCUAUGUGAAACAGUUCCUUCCUCAUAUAGUGUCCUUUUGCAGGAGAAAGUUUAUAUAAUAAUUAAAAAUCCUACCCGUAGCAGACAAACUCUUCUGUUAUAGAGAACAUUUGGUAUACUAAUUUGAAUCCCUCCCUCCCUCCCUCUCUCCUUUCCUUCCUUCAUUUUGUGGUACUAAGAAUUGAACCCAGACUAGGCUUGAACUUGGAAUCCUCCUCAUCCAACUGAUUCUUUUUUUUUUCGCCUGUACUGGACAUUGAACUUGUGAUCCUUCUGCCUCAUGUUCUCAAAUAGCUGUGAUUAUAGGUCUGCACCCUCACUGGAGUUCUUUAUACUUUUUCUAGUCAUUUGCUUAAUAGUACUUUGGAUCAUUAUCACCUUUCUCACUUAAAAUAUAUUAAUAUCCUUUGUACUUCCUGAGGAAGGAAGACUCUUGAUAAUUGUUGAACUCAACCUCCAGUGAUGUCUCACAUUUUGGACCUAUUUACUUUGAAGACAUCAGAGCCCACCUGCCUUUGUCUUACUAUUAACAUCUUUUCUUGAUCUCUGAAUAUAAACGUGUGUCCUCAUAACCAUCAGCUAAAUAAACAAGAAUCUUUUGAGAUAGUACAAGUCUGAUGGUUUUUGAAGUGUUUGGUGAAUUUCAUGGGAAGGCAUUUUCCUAAGUGGUGGCUUUUAGGUUUCCUCAGAUAUUAACUAGGCAGCUUUUUGGAGGAUCAUCUCCAGUUUGCCUGUUUUCCCCAGAGCAGCAGUAUUUUCUUCAUGGAUACAGGUAAUAUUCUUGGAGAUUUUUCUUAUCACAAAGUAUGGAAAGUGAAAAUUCAAGGCAUAUUUUCUAUAGAAACAAAGAAUUUUAAUUGCUGGACAGAAACUUGCAAAGUCCUUUGAAAUCCACUGGAUUACAGUUUACUGUGUUCUGAUAACAGGAGGUAACAGUAUUUAUCAAGCCUUUUUUAUACUAGAUUACUCAUAAAAGAAACAUCUCCCUGGCUGGGGCUGUUCAGGUACAGCAUUUACCUAGGUGCUUGCAGCCCUCAGUUCUAUCCCUGUUGAUAUGGUGGUGGACUGGGGGGAGACCUUCCUUAUUUCCCCAAAUAUAACUGUAUUAUAAUUGGAGUGACACUCUAAAAUUUAAUAAUUUACCACAACCAGUGGGUUGGGGUGGUUUUUAAAGUAUGAAUACAUGCUGUAAGGUUGCUGAUAGCAGUUCCUGUAAAAUAAGUGAUGAAUUAUUUCAUUGUAAAGAUCUAGUUCUAGAGCAGGAUUCUUUGAUCAUUCGUGGCACAAUGAGAAAGAGUUAUGUUAUUCUUGUCCAAAUAACUCAGUUCUUAAAAUUCUUAAAAUUACUGCAAACCAUUAUCGUUUAAGGAUUUGUUUAAAAUUGCUGUAUUUAAAAAGUUAAAAAUUUUGUGUACAGGUAGAUUCUUUUCCCAUUAAAAGAUAGCAUCUUUUUAAAUACUAGCUGGUAUUAGCUAUAACAAAACUCCUGUUAGGCCAAAGAGUCCCACAUUUUUUGUAAAAGAAGAAAUAUAUUAGGGUCAGAUUGUUCCUUUUAAUACUAUUGGAGAUGGUGUUGCUUGUUUUAUUGAUAACGUAUUUUAGCUGUAGGAACUAUUGAUAAUGGUUGGGCAAAUGAUAUUCUUUUUGACCUGGUUGAAAAUUCAUUUAUUUUAAAUUAGGAUAGGAUUGUAAUUAUGGAAACUCAAUGUGUGUACCUACCCCCAUUCUCUUAAUAAAAUAUUUUAUAUGCAGAUGAUAAAGACCAAACCAAUGGCUGCACUCUUGUCUAUUUGUACUUGUUCUGCUUCUGUUUAUGUGUAGAAAAUGAAAUUCUAGUAAAAUGCUUCAAUUCUAUUAUCUUUUUGAUACUUACAAAAAUGUGUUAGGUUUUACUAUAUUGUGCUUUUCAAAGCCAUAACUCUUAAGAAAUUUGUUUUUGCAUAUUGUUUGCUAAACUUUAUUUUAAUAAACCUCAAAAUCUGCUUAUUGUGUCAUAUUUAUUUGUGAUACUUUGCUCUGAUUUAUGUUCUAUUAAGAGGAGUUACAAAAGAGGCAUGAAAUUAUCGGUUGAUGCAACCAACUGAAUUAUAUUUUUGUGUGCUAGUGGUAGAAAAUAUGACUAUACCAUACCUUCCCAUCCAGCUCAGAAUAAUCAGGUUUGCUCAGAAUGAUCGCUCUUUCUUUCCAUUGUUUAUAAGGGAGUUAGUGAGUUUUUCUCUUUUAUUUUAAAGGGGGAUUUGGGCCUAUAGUCUUCAAUUUUUCUGAGUUUAGCCGCUACUUUUCCUUUUCUAGAUUUUUUCUUUUUGUCUAAAUGAGGGGGCUUGACAGGAUAAUUGGGAGGCAUGACAGGCAGAUUGCAUUUAGGACCUCUGACUCUGGCAUCAGCCUGUCUGCGUUUUGAGUGCUGGUCUCUGUAGCUCUGCGCUCUUACACAGGUAGCUUAACCAGUCUGUGCCUCAAUUAACUCAUCCUACUUCAUAGAACAUUAAAUGAAGUGAUACAAGUACAGUUCUUAGAAAUGCCUAGUACAAAAUAGCUCAUACUUUCAAUUAUCAUUAUCUUUUCACAUUUCUGUUACUUGUAUGAUUCAGAGUAAUCAUUUCUGAUGCUUCUUGAUCUUGGUAGAUCAACCCUUGAUUAUCCUCUUUGUGAAUUAGAUGUGCUUUUUUUUCUUGUCCUUCCCCUCCAUUUUUUUGAAAAAAAAAAAAAAA